CCGCCUUCCCCCUGUCCACCCCGCCGACACCGAAGCGUUCAUCCUCCAUCCCUUCUCAACAUCUUCAAUUCUCUUUCUCCUUCUUUCUGUUCAUUCUACAUCUCCAGCCUCGUUACAACACCACUGUCCUUACCGAGGCAAUCAAUUUCCCCCACCAUCGCCAUGCCCUCCUUCUCCCAACGCAACAUGUUUGACGUGCUCGACGUCCAAGAGCACGUCGCUGACGAAGAAUCUGACAUCGAAGAGCCCGAACCGGAGCCGUCUACACCCACAUCCAGUGCACCAUCUGCGCCCCUCUCAAAAUCUGCAAAGAAGCGUGCUCGUGCCAAGGCCGCCGCGGCCGCCAAGGCGAACGGGGCGAACGGGACGAACGGGACGAACGGCGACAGCGCUGUCGAGCCACCAGCCGUGCCCGAGGUUGCGCAGUCUCAGCCCGAGCCGGUGAAGCUGGCACCCGAAACGCCCAAACCCGCACCCACCUCCACCCCAGCUGCUGCCACUCGCAGUACACUCGCGCCUUCUUCUGCCGUCGCCGCGCCCCCACAGCCUCGCGAUGCUCCUGCACCGACGUCGCCAACGUUCGCGCCUGUCCUUCCCGACUCGCUCCCACACCCUGCGAGGGACCCUUCGCCCGCAAGCCGCAAGCGCAAGGCUCCCUCCGACUUUACGCCGGCCGGCCCUGGCGCUGCCUUCACGCCGAGCUCACCGUCAAAGAACAGCGUCAAGUUUGAGGAUGGUGUCGUCCCAGGCGAGGGACGUGACGGCGAGAAGACUCUUCCCCGUGUCCCCGAGCCACUGCAGGUUCCCGUGGCUAAGAAGAACCAGAACGCCAUCGAGCGGACGGUAUGGACUCUCAUCAUGAUCUUCGGCUUCAUCACUCUCCUUUUGAUGGGUCACCCCUGCAUGAUCAUCCUCGUUAUGGUCUGCCAGGCGCUUGUGUACAAGGAGAUCACCGCGUUGUUCGACCUGCGUGACCAGGGCGCCAAGUCGCUCAAGCCCGCCGGUGACUGGAGCAAGACGCUCAACUGGUACUUCUUCGUCGUCACCAACUACUUCCUCUACGGCGAGAGCAUCAUCUACUACUUCAAGCACAUCGUGUUCGUUGACGCGUACUUUGUGCCCUUCGCCAAGAAUCAUCGCUUCAUCAGCUUUAUGCUGUACAUUCUCGGCUUCGUUGCGUUCGUCGCCAAUCUCCAGCGCCAGUACCUGCGCCAGCAGUUUGCGCUCUUCUGCUGGGUGCACAUUACGCUCCUCCUUAUCGUUGUGUCGUCGCACUUUAUCGUAAACAACAUCCUCGAGGGCAUGAUCUGGUUCUUCGUUCCCGCCUCGCUCGUCAUCUGCAACGACAUUUUCGCCUACAUCUGCGGCAAGAUGUUUGGUCGCACGCAACUCAUCAAGCUCUCGCCCAAGAAGACGGUCGAGGGCUUUGUUGGCGCCUUCAUCUGCACGCUCAUUUUCGGUAUUGCCUGGGGCACCUUCUUCCAGCAGUUCAACUACUUCAUCUGCCCCGCCAAGGAUCUGGGCGUCAACAUCUUUUCGGACAUUCAGUGCAAGCCUAACCCGGUCUUCCUCUGGAAGGAGUAUGAGUGGACUGGUGUGGUGCGCACUAUUUUGUCUACCAUCCUCGGCCGUGAGCCCGGACCGGUCUGGUACAAGCCCUACCAGCUGCACGUCAUUGCUAUGGCCACGUUCGCGUCGCUCGUCGCGCCCUUUGGCGGCUUCUUCGCGUCUGGUUUCAAGCGCGCCUUCAACAUCAAGGACUUUGGCCACUCGAUUCCCGGCCACGGUGGCAUGACCGACCGCAUGGACUGCCAGUUCAUGAUGGGCAUCUUUGCUUAUGUCUACUACUCGUCGCUCAUCCGCGUGCAGAACGUGUCUGUCGGCAGCAUCCUGCAGACGGUUGUCGUGUCGCUCACCACUACCGAGCAGCUUGAGCUCCUCAACGACCUCAAGCGCUACCUCUCUGGCCAGGGCGUUGCUGGCCUCUAAGACGCAAACAAAAUGUGGACGGCCCGAAUCCACUCUUGAUACCCUACAUAGAAACGCGCGCGCGAACUUGCAUCUGGUAAUGACAUGCAUGAUCUAUCUCUGU